AUGGAACGACUCCAUGCCGCUCUAGACACACUUCUGGAGGAGACUUGUCAGGGCCUAACCUAUCCGAAGUGUGUGCGCAAAGCUGCUAUAAAAUCCGACCUAACACUGUCAAAAUCUGAAGCGGAUGAAAUCACUAGAAAGAUUGUCUCAGCGUUCCGAACUAAAUGUGAAGAACGGGUCAUAGAGCUGAUAACGGACACAGAGAUUGAACAAAAAUUAGCCAAUUUGAAAGUCUUGACUGAAUCGUGCAAGAAAAAGAACGAAGAGCUAGGCAUAGUUGAUGGAUAUAGAUCGAUUAGUCCUUUGGAAGACAUAGAAGGGCCAAUGCAUCGCGUGCUGGAAGGUUACCAUGCUUCUCUGCUGAGGGCGAACGAAAGUUUACAAAAAACCAUAGAGGAUAGCCGGGAGUCAUUGAAAAAUGCAGCAGAACGAGUGAAUACGUUAGCACAGAUGGCAGAAUCUUCAAUGAAAACUUCUUAG